AUGUCUACCACUACGACAGAUCAAAAGCAACAACGCAUGUCAGAGCUAGAAGCAAUGACGCAGCGUAUUAUUCUCAGCAUGACUACUACCGUGACUACUACCGUGGCUACUCAUAUGGCUGCCAUGGAAGAAAGAAUAGUUACCAGAAUAGCUGAAGCCAGAUCAAGGCCUUCUUCACCUACCAUUCCGCUAUCUCAUUCAACUACUCAGUCAACUACUCAGCCAAGCACCAAGCCUGUCACUCAGCCUGUCACUCAGCCAAGCACCAAGCCUGUCACUCAGCCUGUCACUCAGCCAGCUCACCAAUCCACUCAGUCAGCCACUCUACCAGAGCACUCAGUUAAGCAAGAGGAGGAGCAAUGUGGAACAGAGAAUACUGCGGAGAGCACUGCGGAGAAAGCAAGCGGCAACAAGGCCACCAUCAUCAAGAACACGGCUCAACUCUCCAUGAUCCCACGUCAGGUCGCCACUCAGCAAGCGGAGAAUGACACUGCAAUUUGGCCUAUCAUCCCCACUGUAUUGAUGUGGUACAUCACUGCAAUGACGACGCAAGAGAAGGAUCUACUGCGACGGUCACAGCCAAAUCACUAUGGCUAUAGCAAUUGGACCUCUGCAGACAAGGAUCACAUCGGACGAUGCAUUUUUGGACGAAUUGAAACCCUUUCACUGCGGCAGGAGAUUUCGCGGGAUGCACACCACUAA